GCUGUGGUGACGUGGAGAUGAUUUGACUUUUGACAUUUAUGAUAUAUGUCAUAAUAAACUUUUUUUAGAUUGGUUCGUUGAAUUCAUGAUUAUCUAAAUAUUGCUAUUUUCCGCAUACAUAUUUUCAAAAUCAGUUUUAGGUGACGAAGGUAAUAUGUGGAAGGAGCCUGAUCCCGACCCUGGGGGCGAUCGCCCUUAUGCUGCUCAAACUUCUAGAGAAUUAACAGAAUUGAAAGAUCAGAAUGAACAGCAACAACUAAUGAUAUCACAACUCAAGGAAAUGCUUCGCAAAGAACAGAGCAGUGUUCCCCAAGAAAAAGUUGAUGAAUAUAUAAAUACUCUUAGUAAGGUAAAAGCCAAAAGAACUAGAUUGAAGAAAGAUGAGUCAGGAACUAGGGAAAAACAUAGCAGUACUGUGGAUAUUAACAAAAGUGAAAAAGUCAACUUGCUGAAACAACAGAUGGAAGAAAACAAAGCCAAAUUGGCUGAAAGAGGAUUGAGAGAGAAAGGCAUCGAAGAAAUGGUUACCAUACUAAAAGCUCAGUUCGAUGAUUCCCAACAACUUAUUGAUUCCACUCCAGGCUUGUUAGAUUAUGAUAAAAAUUUGGAAUAUAAUAAAAAUACUAGUCAAGAGGAACUAUACAAUAUUUUACUCGUCAAGGAAAAAAAAAUUACAGAUUUAAUGGAAAAAACUCGAAAACAGGAAGGUUCGAUACUUGAUUUGGAGGAAAAUUUAAAAGAAAAGGAUUCUGUAUUAGAAGCUCGCACAAAAGCUAUAACACUCAUGAGUGAUAGUUUGAGUAGAAAGAGCAAAGAAUCACUGGAUGCACUAGAUGAAACAAGGGAACAGAUGAAAAAAAUGCAAGAGGAUUUCAUUAAGUUAGAGAAUGAAAUGAAGGAGAGACAGAUGAAAUUACUAGGUGACUUGAAAUUAAAAAACUUACAAAUUACCGAAUUGCAAGAAAACAAUGAACAACUAGUGAAGGAAAAAAAUGAAUAUCUAAAGCAUAGUAAUAAUUCUGAAAAACUAGAAGACGAUAACUACGAGAAUCUUAUUGCUACUUUGCAACACAAACUAGACCAAACUACCUCAAGCAAUAAUCAAUAUAUUGAAAAAAUUGCAGAUUUGGAGAAAAAAUUGGAAGACAGCUUAUCUGACAUUAAUAGAUUCAAAAGUGCGGGAAUUUCAAUGGAAACAGUGGAAAGUAAUGAUAAUGAAGUUGCAAAAUUAAAAAAACAGCUAGACGAAAGUAACAAAAAUAUGAUUAAAAUAAAGGCACAAAGUAAAAGCAAAAUCAAAGAAUUGAAUAAAAAAAUUGAUGCAUUCAAAAAAAUUAGUGAUGCCAAUGCUCUGGUCGUACAAUUACAGAAUGAAAUUACUAAACUAAACGAGAAAAUUGCAGAACUAGAAGAAGAGAAAGGCAAUAUGCAGUUGAAAAUGGUCGAUUCAACUGAUUCUAUUAAAGUUGUACUUUCAGAAGAUAGAAAAUCAGAAGAAAAUACAGCAAUACAGGAGGAACUGGAUAGGAACUUGAAAGAUCUUGAGGAAAAAGAUAAAAUUAUAUCAUUGCUAGAAACAGAGAUUAUAUCUUUGAAAGAAGAGAUGAAGAGUCUCAACGAGAAAAUGGCAGACUUCUCACAUCUAAAGAAUGUACAAGUAACAACAGAAAUCCAGUCCAUACAGAUCGAAGAACAACUAGAUAAAUUGGAAAGUGAAAAUAAAGAACUUCAAAGGGUAAUAGAGGAACUGAUGAAUGAGAAACAUGGGCUGAUGGAAAAAAUUGAAGAUGUAACUAAAGAGAAACAAGAACUUAAUGCCAAGCUAGAUAAUUAUAUCCAGGAAAAUAUGGACUUGAUAGACAAACUAGAAAAGUUGAGUGCAGAAAAGGUCUCAUCAGCAGAAAGCAUUGAAAUUGUUGAAGGUCUUACUCAACAAGAGAAACUUGAGCUUGCAGCCUAUCAACAAACUAUAGGGGGUCACUCAUAUGAAUCUAUCAAAGGUCCAGAGGAUGAUAACAGUGAUCAUCCUCCAGAACUCAACGAGAGUGUAUUGCAGUUGAAUGAAGAUUCUACAGAACUCUUAAGGAAAAUUGAAAUGUUUAACAUGGAAAGAAAAGAAGUUAUGCUGAAACUAGAAGCUCUUAAAGAUGAAAAUAACAGUCUCUCUUUGAAAUUGAAUGAAGUAGAAAAUAAUAGGGAUAUUCUUGUUGAAACCUACGAGCAGUUACAAAAUGAGAAAGAAGAAAUUCAGAAAGAAAAUGAAAAAUUGAAAGAAGGAAUCAAGCAUUCGGAGCCAGUGGUAGGUGGAAAUGAUAGUAAAGAAGAUUCUUCCACAAUCAUCAAAUUUCAAGAGUUGCAAAGUCACUAUGAAGAAAUAUUGAAAGAAAAUGAAAAUCUUAAACAAAAGCUUAAAGAACUUGACUUUGAGAUCCAAGAAAAGGAUAACCUAGAAUCGAAACUAUCGGAAUCUAAAACCAAAAUCGAAGAACUCGAAACGAACGUCAAGCUGAAUCUUGAAGAAAUUAACAACUAUCAAACAAUCAUUGAAGAUAACAAAGUUGAGCUAAUUAAUUCUGCCAGUAUUAUUAACGAACUCCAAAUCAACUUGAACGAAAAAGAACAUGACAUUAGAGAACUGAACAUUCUUAUGAAUGACCUAAAUAAAGUAGUGAGUGACUUACAGAAAGAGAAUGAAAAAUUAACGAAUUUUGAAAUCAUGGAUAAACAAGUCAACGAAUUAAAAACUGCUCUUAAUGAGCAAAUGGAACUUUUUGGUGCAAAAGAACAACAGUAUAAAGAGGAGAUUGCCGAUUUAGAAAGCAGACUCUCGGAUAUGAAUCAUCAGUUGUUGCAAACUGUAGAAGUUGAGAAAAAAAAUGAAGAAAUGAAAAUGAUGUUGCAUAAGCAGAUGGAAAAAGAUGAAAUCAUCAAAACUCUCAAAAUCCAGAUGCAAGAGGAAGACAAAAGAAUCAGCGGGAUCAUUGAAGAGAUGAAAGAAAAAUAUACUAGACUCCAAAAUCAGUUAGAUGGCAACAACGAUUCUCUGGAGAAGAAAGUUGAAGAACUGUCAUUGAAGAAUAAAGAGCAGCUCGAAAAAAUGAAAAAAAUUGCUGCAAAUUUAAAGAGAAAGUCACAAGCAUAUUCCGAACUGGAAGAGAAAUAUUUUGAAGAAAAAGAGAAAUGGGAAACUGAAAUUAACAAAAAAGAAAGUGAUGUUAGUGACAGAAUGAGCAGCCUGGUAGUGCAAGUAAACAAUCUUUCUGAAGAAUUGAACAAGAAAACAAAACAUCUGGAAGAAUCUGAAUUCAGACUGAAAGAAUUUUCUGAUAUUAUUGAUAAUCUGGAGCAACAAAAAAGUGAUUUGCAAAAUUCUUUGUUGGAAAUGAAGCACAAACAAGAUAAAAUUUCUGAAGUGAGCUUAAAGCAAGAAUUGUCCUCCAGUUUGCACGCGGAAUUUGACAAUCUCCAUAGUAGCAACGCAUCAACAAAUGAAGACAAAAUCAAAGAGCUGGAACUCAUUAUCGAAACAAAUGAUUCUGACAUAUUACACUUUAAGGAACGAGUGCAUAAACUCGAAGAAGAUAUUUCUCGUCUUCUUAUAGAAAAAGAAAAUCUUGAAAAACAAUCCUCAGCACUAGAAGAGAAAGUGCUCCUUUCUUCCAAAACAAUAGAGGAAAGACUACAGGUAGGGGAACAGUUGAGCAAGAAACUGUCAGAAGUUGAGGAAAACAAUUCAAUUUUAGUAAAGAAACUAGAAGAAAGUGAAGAAGAAAAUAAAAUUGUGAAUAAUAAAUUCAAAGAACAAGAGGAGCUGAUAAAUAGACUGAAAGUCAAGUUGAAGAAAGCACAUGAAAAAGUAACUCAGUUAAAAGCUACUCAGUCUUCAAUAGAAGAGCAAGAAAAUGUUAAUGCUGAAUUGAAAAAACAAAUGGCUCACCUGGAGGGUUUGGUGAAACAUGCUCAUGAGGAAAAAGAAGAAAUGCUGAGCAAAAAUCAAAGAGAUUAUGAGAAAAUCGAAUCUGAUUAUCAAUCUCAGUUAGAAGAGUUAGGAACUUGCAAGAAUGAAAUAACUGUUGAGUGUGAAAAACUGAAGGAAUUGUUGAAGAAUAUGCAGGAGAAAGAAGAAGAGUUGAUAUCUGAGUUGGCAGAAUAUAAACAAAAGUUGCAAGACAUGGAAGGUGAAUAUGAAACAAAGAUACUUCAACUGACAGAAGACUUGAAAGCAGCCAAUAACAAUGUGGCUAAUAGACUUGAAGAAAUUAAUGAGUUGAAACACCAACUGGAUGAUACUCAAAAGCAAAUAUUCUCUCAAACCGCAAAAAAUGUGGUAGAUGGUGUUGUUACUGAAGCUACAGAACGAGUUUUCAUAAUCAACUCCAAAGAAACCCAAACCGAGAUUCAUGAAACAGUACUGGUAAAUGCUUUUCAUGAAAAAGAAUCUGAAAUGGUUCCUACUUUCCAUUGGCCCAAAACCCAAGAGUUUACUCAAACUCAGAAUUGUUUUAGCAAUGUUGAAAAUCUACAUGGAAAUACUAACAUUUCAGAAAAUACGUACAUACAGCAACCUAUGGAAGUAACAAAACAAGAUCUGGAAAAUAAGAUAAAAGCCCUAGAAGUUCUGUUGUACAAUGUGGAUAAAGAGAAAGAAGAAAUAUUGAGCCAAUGUUCAGGAAUGCUCAACGAACUUACUCGCUUGGUGUAUGAAAAAGUAAAUGCACCCCAUUCAGAUGUCUCUCAACUUCAUUCAGAUACAAAGAUAAAUGUUCCUUCGGAAUUGGAGGCUCAGAUUUUAUCUCCGGAAGACCUUUUGGAGACUGCCAAUGAUAAAAAGACACUUCAACAAAUUGAAUUUGAAAAGUGUUCUCCUUCUUUAGGCCAACAAAAGGAAGCUGUAGUAGAAGAAGUUUCACAACCAAAGAAGGCUUAUCUUACUUACCAGGUUGGAACUGAAGCAUUUGGGGAAAAUGAUGACGGAUGGGGCUGGGGCCCCGAAGAAGCCAAGCUUGAGGAAGAACACCAACAUCAAGCUGAGAGCACUCCUCAUGUACAAGCUCUGAGAAUUGAAAUCACUCGUUUAAAUGAAAAAUUGCAAGUUUUUCAAGUAGAAAGGGAAAAUCACUUGGAGGAAAUUAAACAACUCCAGGUCAAAUCUGGCAAACUGAUAAAGAAGUGCAAAGAACUGAAACAAAAAAAUGAUCUUUUGCUUACUCAAAAACCUAAGAAGACAGAUAAUUCGGAUUUCUUUGAUUUAGAGCAAACCAUUCAGGAAGAACUCAAAUCGCAAAUAGCAUCUUUGGAGAAAAAGAUAAAAGAAAUACAUGGUGACUUGGAAAAGGAGAAGACAGAAAAAAAUCAUAUGAUGAAACGUAUUGACGUACUCUCAUCUGCGAAUGAAAAAAUGGUGGAAAUGAAAGAAAUGCAAGAUGCUGAAGUGCUUCGAUGGAAAAGGAAAUAUGAAGACAUCGAGGAAAAGCUUCGAGAACAAGAAUGGACCAGUGACGGAUUCAUUAAAGGAACUAUGGAUAAACAAUCAGCAGAUGAUGACAAUAGCAGUCAGAAUUGUGAAGAAUUACAGCAGAUGAUAAAAGAAUUAUCACUGGAUAAUGAAGAACUUCAAUCUUUACUGAACGAGCAACGACAGUUGAGAAUUGAAGCAGAGAAAAAUAAAAAUUUCACCAGAACUGAUGAAGAAUUCAUAAAAUUGUCUAUGGAAUUUGAGGAUAAACUGAAAAAUUUGCAAAAGGAGUUUUCUGAUAAAUGUCUUGGAUUUAAUAAAACCAUUGCCGAAAAAGAAAAAAUGCUUGAAGAGCUUCUUGGUGAAUUGAAAUCAAAGAAAGAUAUCAUUCAGAGUAUGGAAAAAACUUUUGAAAAACUAAAUGAGACCAACGAUAGUUUGAGAAUAUCUCUUGAAGAAAACAUUGCAUCAGCAAAACAGGACCAGAAUUUGCAGAUGUCAAUACAUCAGAAACAAUUAGAAGAGAAUAUUGGUCAGCUGAAGGAUUUACUUGAUGAAAAAGCGGCAGCUGCAACCAAAAUCCAAAGUUCUCAUGAUGAAAUCCUGUCGUUGAAUAAAUUGCUUCAGGAACAAGUAGAAUACCUCACAAAUGAACUGGAAAAUAUCAAACAGAGAUAUUGUGAACUUGAGACAACUAGUUCAGAUAGCCUUGAAAAGUUGCAAAAUGAGUUGGAAUCUCAGAAACUGAGCAAUAGUAGACAUGUGAAUCCAAAUGAAGUAAAUCCUGAUGUUCAACAAUUAACUAAUAACACUGCCAAUACCCUACUGGAAUUGUUUGAAAACUUUAGUAAAGCAAAUGAAGAUUACUCAAGUUUGAAGAUACAGUAUGAAGAAGCUGUGAACUUGAAUGAAUGUAAAAGUGACAAAAUUCAUGAAUUGCUGCAAGAGCUGAUGGAUUUGAAGAGAGAAUAUAGUGAAGUCCAGAAUACUACUUCGAAGAAUAUCUCAGAUCUGCAGAAUGAUUUGGAGGAACAAAAGAUAAAGUUUGACCUGAUGCAAACUGAAAAGACAUUCGAAAUUAAUGAAUUGACAAAACAGUUGAUGGAAGAAAAACAAAAGAACAAUGAAAAAUGUCUUGAACAGCCUUCAGAAGAUUUGGUUCAGCAAGUAAAUGAUUUAGAAGGAUUAUUAGCUAUCAAAGAAGAAAAAAUAAAAGAUUUGGAGAGAGUUGUUGGCGAUCUUCACAAACAAAGGGAAAUACUUGACGAAGAAAUAAAACAGUUGAAGAAUGAUUUGAAUGAGAAACAAAAGGAAUUGGACAAUGUUGUGGCUGAAAUGGAGGAGAAAUUUUCGAAAACUAUGUCUGAGUUGGAACAGAAAUGGGAAGUGCAAGUUGAUGAAAGAGGAAAUACAGUUGCUGAGAGUUGGAAGUAUCAUUUGAAUAUGGUUGAAUCGGAGUUUGCUGCAGUUCAAGAACGGCUUAAUAAUGAAAUAAAUGAACUGGAACAGAAGUGCAACGCACUUGUUAAUGAAAAUAAUGAGUUGAGAAAGAAUGUAGAUACAGAAAUUAAAAAUGAAGUUGACCGAACUUCUGCUAUGCAACAACAAAUCAACGAUAGUCAACAAGCUAUAAAGGAAUUGACAGAAAGACUCGGCGAAGAGCAAAUUGCGAAAGUUUCUUUGAGCAGCCAAGUGUCAAAUUUGGAACAUGAAAGAAUAAGCCUUAAAAAUUUGCUGGCUGAAAAGGAUGUUGAGUUAUCAAGUCUCAAACUAAUAAUCGAGACAACUCAGAAGCAAUUUGAUGAGAAGAGAGAAGUCAUAGAGGAGAUUGUGAAAACUCUCGAGAGAAAUACAUCUUGGCCUUUAUCAUGUGAAAAAGAAGAGGUGCUGAAUGAACUCCAAAGGCAGUUGAGUACAGUUAAUGAAAGAGAUAAAGAAAUAAGCACGUUGAAAGAACAUAUUUCCAAACUACAGUCCAAUUCCGAUGCUUUAAAUGAUAAAGAUAAAGAAAUUGUGAAGUUGAAUGAUAUGGUUAGUGAAUUAGAAAAUCAGAUAGUUCAAUUGAAAGAAAAAAAUCAAGAUAUACUUAAAGAGAAUCAGAAUAUUGAGCAAAUGCAGAAACAGUUAGGUGUGCUUCAAGAGAAAGAAGAGGAAAUGCUGAGGAUACAUAAAAUUUUAGAAGACUAUAAGAUUCGAUGUAAUAAUAAUCAAGAAGAACUUAAUAAAUUACAAUAUGAGAAAAAUGAAGCAUUCAAAACACUAGAGACAUAUAAACAGAACUUGGAAGAACUCAAACUCCAUAACGACUCUUUACAAAGUUCUAUUGAAGAAAAGAAUCAGCAGAUUGAAAAGUUGAAACAUCUACCAGAAAAUCUUGAACAUGCUGAGGAAGAAAAACAAAAAAUUGAAAUGGAAGUGUCCCAGUUCAGGCAAGAUUAUUAUGUACUUCAACAGUCUCUUUCAGAAUGUCAGCAGCAGUUGUUCCAAGCUACCCAAGAAUUGGCUAACAAAGCUUAUGAACUUGAAAAUCUUAAUCAGCAAUUGGCCUAUUCACAGAGAAAUUCAGAAAUUCUAGAUGAAGAAUUGAAUACAUUGAAAAAGCUUUCAGAUGCCAAACAACGAGAGUACAUGCAAUCAAUAGAGGAGGUGAAACAAAACCGAAUUAGUGAUUUGGAAAAUCACUAUCGAGAAAUAUUGUCCUCAAAAGAAAUGGACAUUCAAACCAUCAGAUCACAACUCAAUGAAUCUCUUUUGAACCUACAGGAAGUGAACGAAAAAUUCAACCGUGAAUUAGCAACAAGAGAUGAGUCACAGAAACAGUUACAGAAAAAAAUCGUUGAGCAAAAUUCUUUGUUAGAAGAAGAGAACAAUCAGCUGUCGGAAAUGAGAGGUAUUAUCGAGCAGCAGGUGAUCAAAAUUGAGCAGUUGAAAGAAGAGCUGUUCCAAAAGUGCAAUGAUUACGACAGUCUCAUUGCUGAAAUGGAUAUCAACAGGAAAACAAUUACACAACAACCAACGCUGAAUGAGAAUCCAGGUACCUCUACGGCGACUACAAGGUCAAUUGCAGAAGAAGAUUUAUCGGAUCCUGUUAGUCGAGCCGAAUUAGAUUUAGCUCUCUAUAUGCUACAUCAAAGGGAUGUUCGCUGUGAAGAGCUUAUGGUUGAAUUAGCACUAAUUUUAGAAGAAAGAGAUACUCUGCAGUUGAGAUUAUCUAAUGCUUUGAGAGAAAAUGAAGAAACCAGACGCAAAAUUGCGAAAGGUGAAUUAACAGGUACUGAAGAAACUUCAUCAUCCAACCUGGACCCAACCACCUUGCAGAGUAUUCCAUCAGCUGCAUCCUUGAAAGAUUCCGAUCUGGAGUUGUCUUCUGAAGUUCAAGAAAUUCCUAGUAAUCAAGACCUCGCGAACAAAUUACUGGAGCUCAAGAGAGUUGGUUAUAAAAAAGAUAAAACGUUUGUCGAUGAACAGCAGCUGCGCAGGUAUCAACAGAUGUCGAUAAUGCAGCAGCACAUCAAUGAAGCUUCAAAGUUGCCGCCGGAAGCACAAGCCAAACUGGUAGAUGCUAGGUAUACACUGUCUCGAGAUGUCCAAAGUCCUUCCAAAGUUCUGCUCAACUGGCUCUGGGGCAAAAGCACACCUAAAGUAAAUGAGUCAUAGCAGUUACCUACAAGAUGUAUGAAAUUCACAAAGUGAAAUGUGCCUAUUAAAUUUAAUAAGUUACUCUAUACCUUGUAGGGCUUUUCUAAAGUGUACCUUUCUUGUAUAUGUUUCGGUCAGCUUUAUGAUUUGUAAAAGAAACUAACUUCAUAAGAAAUUUAUUUCUUUAUUUCAAAGAGGCAAAUAAUAUAUUUUAUAUUAUUUAGUGUGAUAUGUUGUUUUAAUAUGUAGGGCCCAAUAUGUACAGUUAUCUAAAUUGCAUUUAUUAAUUGUUGUAAAAAGUGAAACAAAGUUAUUAAAUACCUUUUUAGAAAUA